UACCUUGUUAAGCCUGACCAAACAAAGCAAGACUAAGUAAGUCAACUUCACAGUUUACAUGUGAACCUGUAAUAUCAUUAUCAUUAAUAUCAUCAUCAUUAUAAUGAUCAUCUCAAUGAAUUGUAUUCCAAUGAUGAUAACACUGAUAAUGAUGAGGCUAAAUAAUGAGAAGAUGAUAAUGAUGAUGAUAAAAGAUGAUGAAAGUUUGAAGACUCACACAAAUUGACAGUAAAGGAAAAAAACGAAAACACAAAAAAUUCCACUUGAAAAAAUCUCAUCUUUUUUUCAUUCCUCUUCAAUCUGUUUCAGUUUCAACAUUCAACUUGUUCAAUCUCAACCUCCAAAUCUAAUUGAAUCUCAACUCUAAUCAAUUUGACCGAUGAUUAUGAGUUAAUCAAGUAAUAAGUGAGAAUAAACAAAAUGUCGGAAUUAAUUAACCAUUUUUACUGUGUAAUCAUCCCAUUGUUUACAUGUGUUUUUACCUGUUAAUGUUUUUGGUUAAACCAGUUGAAAAUGGGAAACCUUGAAAAUGUUGACUAUUUAAUAGUCAUUAAGUGAAUAACAAUUUACUGGAAUCAAGUCUCAAUUAAACGGUAAUAAUGUUCUCGAUAGAUAAUUGGUCAACUAAUGGACCAUUAACCAACCAUUUGAACCAGUUAAAUAGUGAAUCAAAUGUUAUUGAUAAUCCAGUUUGUAAAGUUAGUUACUCGCCACCACUAGCAACCAACUCGCCGAUCAACCAAGGACGUCUUCAUCCCCACCAUCAUCCACACCAUCAUCCUCAUCAUCUUCACUCCAAUCCAUUUCAACAUCAUCAUCAUCUUGCCCCUCACCAUUCACCUGGUUCACCACCAAACCAUCUUAACCAUCAUCAUCCUCAUCUGACCCACCAUCAACACCAUCUUCACCAUCUAUCAACCUCAUCCAAUGGAACCGUUUCAAAUUCAAAUUCAGUGAGCUCAGUGAACAGUAAUAAUAAUAAUAAUAAUACAAAUAGUAAUAACACCAAUCCCAAUAAUACAACUUCUAGUAAUAGUAACAAUACCAAUACAGAUUCAACCAGCAGUAACAAUAGUAAUAACACUUCCAACAAUGGUAACAAUUUGACAUCCAAUUCAUCUUCAGGAUCAACUAAUAGUGUUACAACCAAUGGAUCAAACAAUCAGGGUAAUUCAACAUCAACUAAUAGUGAUUGUAAACCGUCAAAACAAAAGCGACAUCGAACCCGUUUCACUCCAGCUCAGUUACAAGAAUUGGAACGAUCCUUUUCAAAGACUCAUUAUCCAGAUAUUUUCAUGAGAGAAGAGCUUGCCAUGAGAAUUGGACUAACAGAAUCAAGAGUUCAGGUUUGGUUUCAAAAUCGACGAGCGAAAUUUAAAAAGCGUAAAAAGUCGGGAACUUUUCUUCGUAAUCCUUCAGGUACUCUUCUUCCGUCUCAUCCUUUGCCAACCUUUGGGACCGUCAACAGUGGGAAAUAUAAUUCACCCACUGAUGGACUUUGUUCAUUUUCAACUGGACCUGAUCCAAGAUGGACAAUGACUACAGGUCCUACUUUACCUUUAAGUCACUCUCUCUCCCUUCAAUCAGGAUUAACUGGAAGUUUAACUGGCCACCAUGGAACCGGAAUGGGUGGACUUAAUCACAAUGCAUCCGGCCUGGGUUCAUCACCAUGUUAUCAACCAUAUAAUAGUCAUUUAAACAAUCCAUCAGGAAAUGGAGUUUCUUCCCUGACUCCACUAUCAACGACGUCAACCUCAUCCUCCUCACCGGCCUCAGCAACAACAGGAGCGACCAUGUUAACUCUUAACCAUCUUCAUUCCCAUGUUCAUCAACCACCACCACCGCAUCCCUCCUCAUCGUCAGGUUCAUCAUCUUCCCCUUCCCAUCUCAGUCUCCAGCAACAACAACAACAGCAAUCCGGGCCUUUAUCGACUCUCUCCAUGUUAGUCUCUUCCAGUCCACCCACACCAACAACCCUUAACCAACCACCACCACCGGGCACACCAACAUCCUCCGACUCUGGAUCUCCUUCAUCUUCCUCUCUUGGAUCAACCUUAAACAUAACCUCUGAAACCUCAGUACUAAAUCCAAGCCAUGGCGAUUCACCUGAUAUCUGGAGAGGAACAAGUAUAGCAUCUUUGAGGCGUAAAGCUCUUGAACAUACUGUAUCAAUGUCUGUCUAUGGAAGAUAAAUAUCUUUUUUUCCAUCAUCAGACAUCUUUCAUUCUUAAUCGUUUCUCCAUCAUUAUCACCAUCAUCUUCAUCUUCAUCUUCACUUUCACCAGCCACAUCAUUACCAAAAUAAAAAUCAAAGGUAUUAACUAAUAACCCAAGUUUCUAGUUUCUUUACACUCAACAGCCCAACAACAAUCAGAUCUUUUGCUUAAUAUACAAAAUCGCGUUAACUAAUACACCUAAUGUAUUAACUAAUGUAGUUUUAACACCUUUUAAUGGACUACUCAUAAAAGACAGUUAGCAAUAACAAAACCUGUAAAUUGAGCCCCAUGAAAAUGUAAAUUAUUUCAUCCAAAAAACUGCAAUCAUUGUCAUCCUAAAAAAGUCAACUAAAAGAUCAAUUGUUGGUCAUUUUAACCAUUGAUUUUCAUUGCAACGCCAAACAGAGUAGCAAAAAAAAGCUGAAACUGAUAUCGAAGCUGAUGGUGAUGAUAAAUAAUAAAAAAAAGUAGGAUAAACACAUUUUCACCAAUAAACGAUAUUUUGUUUA